GGGGCGUCCGGCUCCCCUUCGCCCCGGGGGCGGCCCUUUCUGCGGGGGCGGGGUAGGGUCCGCCCCAGGGCGGGCGGUGGUGGGGCGGCCAUAGUUCCCGCGCUUCGGAGUGGGGAGGCGAGCGGUUUCCCAGUACUUGAAUAAGGAUGCCUUAAGAAGAUAACUAUGGAUAAAUAUAUUAAAGUGCGAAAGAUUGGAGAAGGAUCCUUUGGGAAAGCAAUUCUUGUCAAAGCUAAAGAAAAUGGCCAACAGUAUGUUAUUAAAGAAAUAAACAUCUCUAAGAUGUCAAAUAAGGAGAGAGAAGAAUCAAGGAGAGAAGUUGCUGUAUUGGCUAACAUGAAACAUCCGAAUAUUGUCUUGUAUAGGGAGUCAUUUGAAGAAAAUGGCUGUCUUUACAUAGUGAUGGAUUACUGUGAAGGAGGAGACCUAUUUAAAAAAAUAAAUGCCCAGAAAGGAAUCUUAUUCUCUGAAGAUCAGAUUUUGGAUUGGUUUGUACAAAUCUGUUUAGCACUAAAGCACAUACAUGAUAGAAAAAUCUUGCAUCGGGACAUAAAGUCACAGAACAUAUUUUUAACCAAAGAUGGAACAAUACAGCUGGGAGACUUUGGGAUCGCCAGAGUACUUAACAGUACUGCCGAGUUGGCUCGCACUUGCAUAGGAACACCAUACUAUUUAUCGCCUGAAAUAUGUCAGAACAAACCUUACAACAAUAAAAGUGAUAUCUGGGCCCUUGGUUGUGUUCUCUAUGAAAUGUGCACGCUUAAACAUGCGUUUGAAGCUGGUAACAUGAAGAACUUGGUACUGAAGAUUAUCUCUGGACCUUUUCCUCCUAUUUCUGUGCAUUACUCCUAUGACUUGCGUAAUCUGCUGUCACAGUUAUUUAAAAGGAAUCCUAGGAACAGACCAUCAGUAAACUCCAUAUUGGAGAAAAACUUUAUAGCCAAACGGGUUGAAAAAUUCCUCACACCACAGCUUAUUGCAGAAGAAUUCAAUCACAAAAUCUUCCAGAAGUUUGGACCACAUGCUGCACCAGCUAAAAGACCAGCUCAAGAACAAAUACUGACUUCAGUUGCACCAGCUCAGAAAAUUACCAAACCUGCUGCAAAAUAUGGAGUGCCUUUAGUGAUCAGGAAGUCUUGUGAUGCACCUAAAAAGCCUAAUGAGAAGAAGCCAUUGGCUAAAUCUAGACAGGAACCUUCAAAAAAGAAAAAGUUAGAAUUGCCUGAAAAGGAAAAACGCCAGAGAGAUCAGAUCAGUUUACUGAAGGCAGAUGAAAUGAGAAGAUUGGAAAAAGAAAGGAUGGAACGAAUAAACAGAGCCAGGGAACAAGGAUGGAGGAAUGUGCUUGGUUCAGGUGGAAGUGGUGAUGUUAAGGCACCAUAUUAUGGCGGUGGAGGUGGUGGUGGUCCUUUUCCUGUGUCUUCCAGAGGACAAUAUGAACACUAUCAUGCUAUUUUUGACCAGAUGCAACAGCAAAAGGAAAACAUUAGAGUAGCUGAAGAGAGGGAAGCCAAAUUGACAGUGAAAAUGCAAGGCCGAGAAGUUGUUGAAAGAGGAAUUCCACCUGGAAUACGUCCAGGAGUUCCUAAGGGGCCUGCAGGUCAUCACCAUUUACCUGAUGCUGGUGCAGUUAGGAAAAAAAUGAAAAGAUUGAAGGAGGUGUCUAAACAAGCCAAUGCAAACAGGCAAAAAGGAUGGAUAGCUGCAGAUAGAGCAAAGCAAGUUGAAGAAUUCUGGCAACGAAAGAGAGAAGCCAUGGAAAACAAAGCUCGAGCUGAGGGACACAUGGGUACACUGCAAAACGUGGCAGAUAUCUAUGGAGGCAGGCCCAUUUCUGCAAGAGGAAGGAAAUCCAGAAACAAGGAGGAAGAGGAAUAUUUGGCAAGAUUAAGACAGAUCCGGCUACAAAACUUUAAUGAACGUCAACAGAUUAGAGCAAAACUUCGUGGAGAGAAGAAUGAAGCUGCCAGCUCUGAUGGACAGGAAUCAAGCGAGGAAGCAGAACUGAAACGCAAAAAGAUAGAAGCGCAGAAGGCCCAAGCAAAUGCUCGAGCUGCAGUUCUGAAAGAACAGUUAGAGCGAAAGAGAAAGGAAGCAUAUGAAAGAGAGAAAAGAGCCUGGGAAGAACAUCUGAUAGCGAAAGGGGUAAAGAAUCCUAAUGUGCCUUUUCAUGUGGGAGCUACAGAACACAGUCCUGUGCAUGGGCUACAAGAGCCUGGAGCAGGUCUUCCUAAACCACAACUUCUAGUGAAGCCCACUACACCAGUCAUCUCCAUGACUUCUGCUUUGAAGGAAGUGGGUGUGGAUGAAAAUGUAACUGUUAUCCAGGAAGCUGAGGAGGAAGUGAAAAAGCCAGAUUUUGCAAUGCAAAACAAACGAGAAAUACUGAGAAGGUUAAAUCAAAAUCUUAAAGCUCAGGUAGAUGAGAAAGGAAAAAAGGAGUGUAAAAAUAUCUCUGAAUCAGCUGGGUCUGAAGAUGGUAAAGAACAAGAAGGUGACCAUCCACUUCUAGGAGAUCGGAAAAAAUGGGAAUCUGGGGCAUCUGAGUUGGUAGUUCCACUAGCUCAGUUAUCAAUGGAAGAUUCUCUCUCUGGAACAGACCGACAAACUCUGGGGGAAGUAAUUAGAUUAGAUAUUGGUGAACCGCACAGGAAAGUCUGGGGCAAAAGCCCUACUGAUUCAGUCCUGAAGAUCCUAGGAGAAGCAGAGUUGCAGCUGCAAACUGACCUACUCGAGGAACUAGAUGUAAUGAACGCUACUGCAGAACUUCUUGAAGGAGAUCAUCAGUCCUUAGUUGUAGAAGAGGAGAAGGAAGAGAAAGCCUUUCCUAUGGUCGGAGCUCAGUCUUCAGUACCAGUUGGUAUCACAGUGUCUGACAUGACUAUACCAGAAGAAUCUCAAAGAGCUGGACCUACCCAGGUGCAGAGCAAACCUGUUACGCUGGAUGAGCCUGAUGAUUUGGAAGCAGAGAUGUUGGAAGAGACAGAAGGUCAAAAGCACUGGAUUAAGGAGAGUAAGGAGUUCCCCACCACUGUUAAUGAAGCAUGGGUAAAAGAGAAAGAGGAUAAGGCACAACAUGACAGAAGAAAUGAGGCAGCUCCUGAGAAAGUAGCACUUGACACAGUGCAACCACAAAAGGAAGCUCCAGAAGAAACUUGUUCCAGUGACUCUCUGCAACCUGAACCCUUAUUCGAGAGGGUAAUACAGCCCCCAGCUGUACCAACAGCCUCACCAGUUCUGUCAGCUCAGUCUUCGCAGGAAGAGCCUUUUGUACCUCGCUCACGUUCCAUAUCACCAGAAAAAAAUAAAGGCAAAAGUUCAUUGCUGAUUGGACUUUCUACAGGGCUUUUUGAUGCAAACGACCCAAAGAUGUUGAGAACGUGUUCGCUCCCGGAUCUUUACAAACUGUACAGAACUUUAGUCGAUGUUCCCAGUGUAGCAGAUGUGCAGCAUCAAAAUAAUCUCGAAAUAGAUGAUACGGAAGAUGAGCAAGCUAAAGAAGGACCCUCUGAUUCUGAGGAUAUUAUGUUUGGGGAGGCAGACACAGAUCUGCAGGAACUCCGGGCCUCAAUGGAACAAUUGCUUAGGGAGCAGCCUAGUGAGGAAUUCAGUGAAGAGGAGGAGUCUACUUUAAAGGCUAAUGUCAUUGAAUGCAUCACAAAUGGUACAGAGCUGGAUGAAGGAGAUGAAAAUAACCCCAGCAGUGAAAGUGCACUUAAUGAAGAAUGGCAGUCAGAUAAUAGUGAUGGCGAGAUUGCCAGUGAAUGUGAAGAAUGUGAUAGUAUCUUCAGCCAUUUGGAAGAGUUGAGAUAUAACCUGGAGCGGGAAAUAGGCUUUGAUAAAUUCAUUGAAGUUUAUGAGAAAAUAAAGGCUAUACAUGAAGAUGAAGAUGAAAAUAUUGAUACUUGUUCAACCAUAGUUCAGACUAUUCUUGGGAAUGAACACAAACACCUGUAUGCCAAAAUACUUCACCUAGUAAUGGCAGACGGAGCCUACCAAGAAGAUAAUGAUGAAUAAACCUGACUCAGGAAAUUCCUUGAUGCUGUAAUACAUAUUGAUGUUUGAAGUCUGCACAGCUGAAAAACAAAUUGUAGUGGAGAAUGUAACAUUGGGCAGGAGAAGCAGAAGAUUCCAAAAAAGAAUGUUGAUUGUAUGAAAAAGAGGAAGAACAUGCCUUUUAAAACUGAGAUACCUAUACACUUCUCAUGUAUGUACUUGCAUAUGUGCUCAUUAAAUAUUAGAUGCCCAGAACUUUAAAAAAAAAAAACAAACACAAAACAAAAAAACUCCAAACCUGUAAUCUCUAAAAUUCCAAAAGAAAUACAGAAAGGAGUACCUGGAGGUACUCUGAUACAAAACUGAGACCUAUAACAUAAAACAGAAUUUGUGCCAACAGUUGGCUGGUACAGUUAAGCAAUUGGAAGCACUACUGUGUUGUGGAGGUACCCACAUCUAGCUAUUUACUUACGUACUUAAAAUAGCCUCCCUAUACACCUACAUAAAGAAAUUACUUCAUUUUUAUUGGCCCUUGUCAUUGUAUUUUAAUAGAGUCUUAAUCUAGUUGUCCCGUUUGAGUAUUUAACAUUUUUCUUAAUAAAAAAAUUGUUGUCUUUUGAAGCUGCAGGCUUCCGUCACUUGUUAACCAGUGUCUUCUGAAAUCUCUUAAUGGUGUUUGUAAAUCAAGGCAAACUUGUACUUCAGUCAUUGUUGAAAUGUCUGGAGUUUUUUGAGAUUGCAAAAUUCAUUUGGAGCUAGAAUACUUUUUCCCGAGUGUUUUUCUUGCCCUUCCCAACAUCCAAAGUAUUUAGCUCUGUUGAAUUUUGUAAUCUGGUCAAUGAUAAUACAGUAUGCUGUUGAAUUGAAAGGAGUGGGGUUUUUUUCCAGUUUAUUUUUAAUUUCUUACUGUUACACUCAUAGCUCCAGCAAGUACAGGGGAAAAUGAAAUAUUGCAGGCACAAGAGCUAUGUAAUACUUCUCAUCUUUUGGCUCAUGUUCUGUAGCUUGAUUUCCAACACCCCAAAAGAAAAAGAGGUUUCCUCUGACCCACAUUUCCUUGUCCCUUGUGUCAAAGCAGUACUAUACAGGGGAGAAAUUAGGUACACUGUUGUUUUCCAGUCAUCAUCUCUGGAACAGCUUUAUUGGCUUACCCAUACAAUAAAUCUCAUGUUACAAAUCUGAUGAACUGUCAAACCUCCAACUGCCCUAUUGGAGAACAACAGAUAUUUUGUUAUUAUUUUUUCCAGCUACAACCAGUCACAACCUAAAACUGUCAAAAGUUACUUUUCCACAAAGAAAAAUCAAGUAUAUACAUACAUAUAUAUAUAUUAUUUAGAACUGUCAAAAUAUGUACAUGAUUUUUGUAUAAUUGUUUUAUGGUGGUGUUAUUAAAGUUUUGUCCACUGAAAA